AUGUUCGUGGUAAGCGCGUGGACGGGCCUUUUGGCCGUCCUUGUGCUUCGACUUGAGACAGUGCAAAGUGAAAUUUUAACCCCCCCUUAUUUUAAUUUGGCCGAGGGCAGAAAAAUUACAGCGACGGCGACUUGUGGAGUCGACACUGAAGGACCCGAGCUUUAUUGCAAACUUGUGGGGGCUAACGCCGAAAAUGAUCUAAAUGUUAAUGUGAUACAGGGACAGUUUUGCGAUGUUUGCGACCCAACCAGACCGGACAAAAUGCACCCUCCGGAGUUCGCGGUGGACGGCAUGGAAACUUGGUGGCAAAGUCCUCCACUAUCGCGAGGAAUGAAAUAUAAUGAGGUCAACUUAACCAUUGAUCUUGGCCAAGAAUUUCAUGUAGCUUACGUUUUUAUUCGAAUGGGAAAUUCUCCCAGGCCCGGCUUAUGGGUGCUGGAAAAAUCGGCCGAUUACGGCAAAACAUACACGCCUUGGCAAUAUUUCUCUGAUUCCCCCGGCGACUGCGAAACUUACUUUGGUAAAGAAAGUCUGCAACCAAUCACCAAAGAUGACUCCGUCAUUUGUACGACGGAAUAUUCGAAAAUUGUACCAUUGGAAGGAGGAGAAAUAGCAAUUUCGUUAUUGAACAAUCGACCCUCAGCGAAGAAUUAUUUCAAUUCUACGGUUUUACAAGAAUGGACCCGGGCAACGAACGUGAGAUUGAAGCUUUUGAGAACGAAAAACUUUCUAGGGCAUCUCAUGUCGGUCGCUAGACAAGAUCCGACGGUUACGCGAAGAUACUUUUAUUCGAUUAAAGAUAUCAGUAUUGGUGGCCGUUGCAUGUGUAAUGGACACGCUGAUACUUGCGAUAUUCAAGACUCUCAAGAUCCGAGCGUUCUGUUAUGUCGCUGUCAACAUAAUACUUGUGGGGCGAAAUGUGACACUUGUUGUCCCGGCUUUGAACAGAAGAAAUGGCAACAGUCCAAAAUAAAUCAUCCGUUCGUCUGUGAACCUUGCAAUUGUUUUCUUCACAGCAACGAAUGCGAAUACGAUGAAGAAGUCGACCGCAAAGGAUUAUCUCUCGACAUCCAUGGCAGAUAUUCCGGCGGAGGUGUAUGUCGAAAUUGUCAACACAACACCGAUGGAAUAAAUUGCAACAAAUGCAAACCGACAUUUUACAGACCAUUUGGCAAACUCGAGAACGACACCGAUGCCUGUCAACCUUGUAACUGUAACUACUUUUACUCUACUGGUAAUUGUGCGGAAGGUUCCGGCCAAUGCGAGUGUAAAAAAGAAUUUCAACCGCCCAAUUGCGAUAGCUGCAGUUUUGGGUACUUCGGGUACCCAAAUUGCAAACCGUGUGAGUGUUUCUUGAACGGAACCAAAGAUUUGCAAUGUGAGGCGCGCAAUGGACAAUGUCCGUGUUUGUACAAUUAUGGAGGGCAAUAUUGCGGAGAGUGUGCAUCUGGGUAUUACAGUUUUCCCGAUUGUAAACAUUGCGAGUGUAACCCUGAAGGUUCCCUCACGAAUGCUUGCGACCAAGAGAGUGGCAAUUGCACUUGCAAAAAUAAUUUUGGAGGAAAACGAUGUGAUGAGUGUCAACAUGGAUACUACAACUAUCCAACUUGUGCAUAUUGCAACUGCGAUAUAAAAGGAACAAAAGAAGGCAUUUGCGACAAAGCCACCGGCCAAUGCAUAUGCAAAGAAGGCUACACCGGCGACCGUUGUGAUUCCUGCCUUGCCGGCUACUACGGCUACCCCGAUUGUCAGCCUUGCAACUGUAGUAAAGUCGGUUCGGUUGGUUUCAGUUGCAGCGCCACUGGAAAGUGCUCGUGCUCGACCAACUACGGCGGCAAGACUUGCGAUCAGUGCAAUCCUGGAUAUUUCAAAUACCCUGAGUGCUUGCCUUGCGAAUGUGACAGCCACGGCUCGAUUGGUGUUUCGUGUGACGGCGAAGGCAAAUGCGAAUGUCACCACAAUUUUGCCGGCCUUCGAUGCGACUCGUGCAAAGAAGGUUUCUACAAUUUUCCGGCUUGUGAAGACUGCAAUUGUCAUCCGGCCGGAGUUGUGGCGGGUUUUGCCGGAUGCGGAUCGGUCCCAGCCGGGGAACUUUGCCAGUGUAAAGAACGAGUAGAAGGACGUAUUUGCAAUAAAUGCAGGCCUUUGUACUGGAACUUGAAUCCUAAUAAUCCCCAAGGAUGCGAGGAAUGUAAAUGUAAUAUUUCGGGAGUGCUUGGAGGGAUUGCUGUGUGUGAUUCGGAUACUGGGGAGUGCGUCUGUAAAUCACUCGUGGUGGGUCGAGGAUGCUCGGAAUGUGUCGAUGGCACGUAUAAUUUAGAAGAAGAGAAUCUCUUUGGUUGUACCGAUUGUGAUUGUGAUGUUGGGGGUUCGGUUAAUAAUAUUUGUGAUAAGGCCACUGGACAAUGUUUAUGUCACUCGAGAGUUAAAGGACGUACUUGCAAAGAACCACUUGAAACCCACUAUUUUCCAACUCUUUAUCAGUACCAGUAUGAAGUUGAGGAUGGACGAACUCCGGCAAAUACGUUAGUGAGGUAUGCUAACGAUGAACGCACCUUCCCGCACUACUCCUGGAAAGGCUAUGCCGUAUUUGGGCCCUUACAAAAACAAAUUUUGCAAGACGUGAUUAUUCUCAAACCGUCACUCUACAGAAUGGUGCUACGUUUUGUGAACAAAAAUCCGGAAACAGUCAUUGGAAAAAUUAAAAUAACUCCGGAUAAUCCUAGUGAUAAUGAACAAGAAAUCCAGGUUCAAUUUAGGAACAGUACAGUUCCGGCAUUUGUAACCGUUUCAGGCCCUAUGGGAAAUACUCCUCAACCAUUCGUAAUUAAUCCAGGACGUUGGCAGAUAAGCAUCGAAGUGACAAAAGACCUACUUUUGGACUAUUUUGUACUCCUCCCUGAAGAUUUCUACUUGGCUACGAUUUUAAAUAAAAAAGUUGAGACUCCUUGCACGAUCGAUGGCCCUAGUCUUUGCCAUGAUUAUACAUAUUUAAAUUUGUCUCAAUUUUCGACGACUUACGGAGUUGGUGGGUAUGUACCAGAAGGUCGCCGAUCUACCAAACUUAGGGAGUAUUUCCAAGACAAUAAGCAUUUGGAGAAAAUUGAAGUUGGAAAUAGAGUCCCUGUUUUAAAUCUUGCCCAACCUAACGUUUCCUUUAACGUCACCGUGCCUAAACCCGGCCAGUAUGUUAUUGUAGUUAAUUAUGUUACGCCUAAAGAGGACCAAAGGACUCACAAAAUUGAUGUUAGACUUCAGUCGGGCCGUCAUACAAAUGACGGAAGGAUAGUUUUGUAUUCGUGUCAGUACACCACGUUAUGUCGGCAAGUUAUAACCACUCGCGAUGGUAUAGUUGCGAUUCAGCAAGUUGACGGAAAUGAAAUUAAAGUUGACUUACAUAGCACUAACGCUGAUGUCGGAAUACAUUCUAUAGUUGCAAUACCAUACGAAGAGUGGUCUUUGGAUUACAUUAAACCGAAAUCGGUGUGUAUUAGAAAAGAUGGGAAAUGUUUAGCUGCCUCUUUCCGACAUCCACCUGAAACGAAGAAAAUCCAAUUCGAGGAAAAUAACGUCGACCUUGCGACCACACAGUGGAAUAAUACUUACAUGUGGUUGAACCCCAAUUAUGAUACACUUGAUUUGAAAGGAAAAGUGCCUACUCCUGGGUAUUACACUUUUAUUGUACAUUACUACCAACCGUAUUUCCAAGAUUUUGACGUUACCGUUCUUAUGCAAAACGGGCAAUUUUACGAAGCGACUUUACCCGUUCAUUAUUGCCCAGCUCGGUCCGGCUGUCGCGCGGUUAUAACCCAAACCGAUGGCAACACAAAAUUUUUAUUAACUGAAAAUUUCAUGCUGACACUGAAGGAAGCAGGCAAUAAAAAUGUUUACCUCGACUAUUUGCUAGUCAUUCCGACGGAUUUUUACAGCGACUUAUAUUUGGAAGAAGAAGAUGUGGACCGCACCGGCGAAUUUAUCUCAACUUGUGGUAGCAAUCAUUUCAAUAUAAAUACAACAACUGAAGGUUUUUGCAAAGAUUCGGUAUUUUCGAUAACUGCAGGACACAAUAGCGGGGCUUUGCCCUGCGGAUGCGACUUUGCCGGCUCUCUCAGUUUCGAGUGUGAUAAAUUCGGCGGUCAGUGUCGCUGCAAACCGAACAUAAUCGGCCGAAGAUGCGAAGCUUGCAAAACCGGUUAUUUUGGUUUUCCCGACUGUAAACCAUGCAAUUGUCCAUCGAUUGCAUUUUGCGAACCUACAACAGGUCAGUGUAUUUGUCCACCACAUGUGGUUGGCGAACGGUGCGACCAAUGCGAGCCUUUGACCUACGGAUAUGACCCCAUCAUUGGUUGUGAAGAGUGUAAAUGUAACAUUUUGGGGAUCGAGGGUACGGAGCAGUGUGAUCUCAACAACGGUAGUUGCCACUGCAAGACAAAUGUUGUUGGGAGACAAUGCGAUAAAUGUUUAGCCGGUCAUUACGCCUUUCCCUAUUGCGAGUUUUGUUCUUGCGACGAUAGAGGCACUACUAAUGAAAUUUGCGAUCAGGCGACAGCUGAGUGUUUCUGUAAAAAGAACGUUGUGGGACCGACUUGUGAGAUAUGUCGCGAGGGGACUUUCAAUUUACAAGGCGAGAAUGAGGAUGGAUGUACUGAAUGUUUCUGUUUUGGGAAAACUACAAGGUGUACAAGCUCGAAGUUGAUUAGGACGUCAAUUCUUCAAAUGUCUGAUUGGGAAUUAGUUGGACUUAAUUUCAGUACCAGAUUAGAAAUUUAUCCUUUGAAUUUGACAGUCCAUAAUGCCGAAGAGAAUUCAAUUGGAGUCGCAUUUAAUUCGGUUGAUUUUAAAAACACCACCGUGUAUUUUACUGCACCUUACGAUUAUACAGGGAAAAAGUUGACAGCUUAUGGUGGUUUUCUCAAUUACACACUUUAUUAUACUAUAACACCGGGUGAAGGUUCGGCUGUAAGUGAAGCUGACCUCAUACUCGAGGGUAAAAAGACAUAUUUGACUUAUUUGAGUUACGAGCAACCAACAGCUGCAGUCGAAUAUCACGCUAGUGUUCAGUUAGUUGAGGAAAACUUUGAAUUGCCUACUGGUUUACCAGCGAGAAGAGAUCACAUAAUGGAGGUAUUGGAGGAUUUGAGGGGUGUUUACAUAAGGGCCACCUACUGGACUGCCAGUGUUACGACUAGAUUGUCUAAUGUGAUUCAAGACGAUGCAAUCUCUUAUCAAUUCUUCACUGGAGAUAACAGAAACUUGGCGUUUGCCCUCACAGUGGAAGAGUGUCGUUGUCCGGAAAAUUACCAAGGCUUGUCUUGUGAAGAAUGCGCCCCUGGGUACUAUCGGGUCGAAGGUGGCCCACAUGGGGGCUACUGUGUACCUUGUCAGUGCCACGGACACGCCGCUGAAUGUGACGUUAAUACGGGAAUCUGUCUUAACUGUACUCACAAUACUCGAGGAGACCAUUGCGAACUUUGUGAAGUUGGCUAUCAUGGAAAUGCUUUAGCCGGCACUCCGAUGGAUUGUUUAAUUUGUGCGUGUCCUUUACCAGUCGCAAGCAACAACUUUGCUACAGCUUGCGAUGUUAGUGCCGAUGGCGAGAAAAUCAGUUGUGAAUGCAAGGAAGGGUAUUUUGGGGCCAGGUGUCAGUCGUGUGCUGCAGGGUUUUAUGGGAGACCAGAGUCAUUAAAUGAUUAUUGUAAGCCAUGUCAAUGCUCUGGUAAUAUCAACCCCGACGAUCCCAGUUCUUGCGACACAGUCUCAGGAGAAUGUCUACGAUGUCUAAACAACACUUAUGGCAAAGCUUGCGCCUUAUGUGCUCCUGGAUAUUUCGGAGAUGCCGUCAAUUUAAAAGAUUGUCAAAGUUGCAUAUGCGACGAGCUGGGCACCGACCACUGCAACAGCUUCAGUGGAGAAUGCGUCUGCAAACCCAACGUAAUCGGCGAAAAAUGUGACCGUUGCGAAGUGAAACAUUACGGUUUCCAAACAGGGGCCGGAUGUGUUCCUUGCGAUUGUGCCGAGGCUUCGGAUAGUUCUCAAUGUGACGACGUCACGGGUCAAUGUAGGUGCAAACCUGGAGUCUCUGGCAGAUCGUGCAAUCGUUGCAGUGCCGGCUUUUGGAAUUACACAGCAGACGGAUGUGUUUCAUGCGGUUGCAAAAGCGAGUAUUCGCUCGGUUUCGGAUGCAACGCUAUGACGGGACAGUGCGAGUGUCUUCAGGGGGUGGUCGGAGAGAAAUGUGAUCAGUGCCCCCAUCGAUGGGUUUUCGUGCCGGAUUAUGGGUGUCACCAGUGCGAUAGUUGUACUCAUGCUCUACUUGACGAUACUGAUGCGUUGAGACACCUAAUUGACCCCAUUAUUGUUGAAUUUGAUUCGGCGAAUUCCGGGUACUUUACUCGCCGAAAACUCGACAACAUGAGAGACCUUUUGAAUGAAUUGAAGCCGAAAUUUGACGAAGUCGACCCGAAACAGAUCAGUUUGGAUUUCUACAUUGACGAGUUGCAAACUCUGGAACAGGACUCGAAGAAUUUAAACCGAAAAGCGAAUUAUUCACUAGAAAACAGUGACUCACUCAGAGUUAAUUCUAUUGAUCUUAAAGAAAGGGCCGAAGUACUUUUGGAUGACGUUCAAAAUGCUGAAGACGAUUCUUUCCGGGUAAUUGACGAAAUCAAUAAAAUCACUUUCCAGUUAAACAAAGAUGAGAAUCCAGAAAUUGACUCGGCGUUAGAGGAGGGGCAGGAACUCCUGGAUGCGAUUAAAAGAUAUAAUUUAACAGGUCGUGAAGAAAUGGCCGAUGCCGAGUUGGACAAAGUGUCUAAUUUGUUGCUCAAUGUGAGCAACUUUAAAAUCCCAGUUGAUUAUUUGGAAGAGAAAGCCGACAAAGUUAAGGAAAGUCUGAAGAAUUUCAAUGACAAAUUGGAUGAUUUGUACAAUCAAACGCAGUACUCAUUGAGCAAGGCUAAUGAAGCGCAGAGGAUCAUUGAAAAGAGUGGUAAAGAAAGGCUUAAGAAAAAACUCGACGAUAUUAAACAGCAGACAAUGGACUCGAAAAACAAUUUAGAGGUUUCCCAAACUCUGAAUGAAAAUUCGACCGAAUUCAAAAACAAAGCCCAAGAAUUGUUGGCGGAGUUACAAUCUAGGGCUUCGAGUCUAGAAGAUUACGUCAAUGAUUUUAAGAAGUCGGUAGAUGACGACGAGGCCCAAAUCGAGGAGGUGCAGCGUUUACAACCCGAAGUUGAAAGACACACCAAAAACUUAACUGAAAAAGCAAUGCUUCUCGAUAAUCUUUUAAACGAAUCGAGAGAUUUAUCGGGAGGGGCUGUAAGAGCAGCUAAUGCCUAUAAAGACAUAGUCCAAGCGGUCAAAAAUGCCAGCGAUGCUGCAAAAAAAGCGAAAAUCGAUGUAAAUAAAGCCUACGACAUGAUACCUGACGUUGCAAAUAAAACCGACAAUGCGGACCAAACGUCUUCAGUAUCAUUGAAGGAUGCUUUCGAAUUAUACCAUUCAACAAACGAUGACUUAAAACCGAAACUCGAAAUGGCCAUUGCGAAAUACAAGCCGAUCAGUGAGAGCCACAAAAAAAACAAAGACAUGUUGGAUAAUAUUGAGAAAAUUAGUGAAAAUAUCCAAAAGCAGUCCUUGGAUAAAGCUUACGCUCUCGCUGUUGACAAAGCGGACAAUGCGAUUCGACAUGUAUCAAAUAUUGAAGGCAUCGCAGAGGGAAUUAAGUUUGACAAGUUGAAGAAUCAGACGGAAAAUGCAACUUCGUUACCCAAAAUUGUCGACGAUAUGAAUCGGGAUUUGCUACAAACGCAGAAACAAUUGAAUACUGUCAAUGAUAAGUUGCCCUAUAUCAUCGACAUGAUGGAUGAGUUACCCGAGCAGCAAGCCCGACUUCAACGAACUGUUGAUAAUAUUGCCAAUUCGAUGAAGAAGUUGAACCAACAGAUUAUUUUGGCACGAGAUCUGGCCAAUCAGAUCAAAAUAGGAAUGAAGUUUUACCCCAACACAACUUUAGAACUUGAGAUCCCAACGAAUCUGGAAGAACUUAGCACUUCCGAACGGAUUUCUGGGUACUUCAGAACGGAGAAACCAUAUGGACUGCUGUGGUACUUGGGUAAUCCCUUGGGGACUAAAUUAAGACGAACGAAAACGGAUGAUUACAUGGCGUUAAUUAUACAAAAUGGUUACCCCGUCUUGAAACUCGAUGUUGGAAAUGGCGUCGAACAAAUAAUCAACGAGAAAUACGUUUCUGACGGUGUGUGGUAUCAAUUCAUAGUGGAGAGAACUGGUCACAAUGCAAAAUUAACAAUUCGCGAAGAGUUACCUGGAGGCAUUGAAAAUAUCACUCAGAAAGAAACCACACUAGAAGGCCCCUUAUCCAUUUUCAAUUUAGACAAAAACAAGUCGAAACUAUUCGUUGGAAGUUUCCCUGUGAAUUAUGCGAUGCAAAAAGAAAUCGAUGUGAAUUCUUUCGAGGGAGAAAUUGAGGAUAUGGUGAUUGGCGACAAACCAGUUUCGUUGUGGAACUUCAACAAUGGUUUUGAAAAUAAUCACGGAGCCGUCGAGAGAGACAAAUUAGUUAAUUUGCAACCAAGUACCGGCUUUAGGUUUAACGGAAACGGUUAUGCCAUUUUGAACGCACGUUCGUAUGGGUUUAGGACCAGAUCUGAUAUACAACUCAGUUUUAAGACGUUUGCAACAGAAGGAUUGCUCUUCUUGGCGGGGCAAGACAAGACGUUUAUAGCGCUGGAACUCAGGAAUGGGAAGGUUCUAUUCCAAUAUAAUUUGGGUCAACAAACUAAAGUGUGGCACACGACGAAAACCUACAACGAUGGUAGAUGGCAUGUGGUGGAGGCGAGUCGUGAAGGGCCCAAAGGCCGAUUUGUGGUGGAUAACGAGGAUAUACCAGAUACUACUCCUGCAAUAGAUGGCACGUUUAUUGAACCUAUUGAAACUGUUUCAUUUGGUGGUUACCCGACUAAGCAUCGGUACAUUGAUGUCAGUCAAACGAGAUUCGAUGGUUGCAUUGAUAACGUUAUGAUAAUGGGCAGUCCGGUCGAUUUGAGAAAUAAUAUUAAAGUGUACGAUGUCACUCCCGGAUGUCCGGUCAAAUUCUCCCAAAUGGUGUCGUUUGAUAAACAUAGACCGGGGUAUGUCGCCCACGGCGGCGUGGCUAUCAACAACGAUUUCAAGAUAAGUCUUAAAUUUAAAACAAAGGAAAAAGAUGGCUUGAUUUUCUACGCCACGGAUAAGCUGCACGAAAAUAACAUUUCGCUUGCACUCAGGGACGGUUAUCUUGUCUUAAUCAGUCAAAAAAUCGAGUUGGUCUCGAAAGACACAUUCAAUGAUAGUCUCUGGCAUGUUGUGUCAGUGAUGCAUAACGAUCACGAAUUAAGAAUUGAUUUCGACGACAUCGACAGCAGACCACUCGACACUAAACCUCCACCAUUAUUUAUCCUCCACGGCUCCUUAUAUGUAGGUGGCCUACCAAGACGAAUCAUUUUAUCUCCUGGUACCGUAGGCUCAGAGUUACCAUUCAAAGGGUGCAUCGGUGACCUCACUUUGAAAGGAAACGUCAUCAAUUUUGCCAACAGCACGGAUAAGUUUAAUGAAAUUUUAGGAAAGUGUAUUUAUGACAAAAAUUACAAAGCUAUCGAUAAAAUUGAUAAAGAACCAACAUUACCACCCCUUGAACCGCUAGGACCCGCCACAACCGGGGGCUACGGCGACGUGACGAAGUACCGCCCAUAUGAACAAACUACUAUUCGAGGUGACGGUGGUCGAGACGACUACGUGACUAGAACUGAUGAAGAAGAACCAGUGACAGAAGUAGUUCCACUACCACCUCUUCCACCGGUCACUCACGGGGCUGUUGGUUACCCACAGCCCACGACGCCUCCACCACCUCCGAAACAUUCAUGUGCAUUGCCAAUUUCUCCUCCCCAAACUAGUGCAGGGGUUUACAGAUUCGGGGCUCAAAAAGACAGUAGACUAGAAAUAGAUAAAUUACGUGGUCGGUACAAGAAGCAAUUCGAUUUUGUCCUCAAUUUCAAGAGUGAUGAUCCAGACGGCAUCAUUUUUUACUUGAGUGAUGAUAACGAGACUCAUUCACAGUACGUAGCUGUGUUCUUGCAAAAUGGACAAGUUGUUUAUACGUACAGUGACGGCAGGAGUUCGUCAGUGUUGAAAACAGACGGUUUAAAAGACUACAGUGAUAAUGAAUGGCAUUUGGUCGAGUUUAGCAAAGACGAGCAUCGCGCUAAACUAGUUUUGGACGACGUAGUCGUGUCCGAUAAGCCUGUAGCCAACAUGCAAAAAAUUGAUAUUAGACCACCUCUCUAUGUAGGGGGUUUAGAUCCUAACCAUUAUAACAAAAUUCAAAGCAAAUUGAACCUCACAAAAUCAUUCAGUGGUUGCAUUCGCAACAUGAAUAUGAACAGCAAACCUCUAGAAUUCCAAGCACAGAAUCAAAUCGGAGUUGUCCCCUGCUUUGACCAAAUCGAAACUGGAGUAUUUUUCCCAGUAACGGGUGGUUUUGUCAGAAUUAAAGAACCGAAGUUUAAAGUGGGAGAAGUGUUCAAUGUGAAACUUGAUAUCAAGCCGAGACGAGAUUCGGGAGUUUUGAUUGCCGUUAAUGGUAGGAGAGACUUUUUCGUCUUGGAAAUGAUCAAUGGUGAGAUGAGUCUUACUGUUGAAAAUGGAAAAGGCCCGAUUAGAGCUGUUUACAAUCCGAAUAAGAAGUUCUAUUUCUGCGACGGUCAAUGGCAUAGCAUCCAAGCCGUAAAAUCGAAAAAUGUUAUAACCCUUUCUGUCGAUAAUGUGUUCACUGACCCCAAACUCGGGGAUCAUUCGUCGACUUCUACUGACACUGCCAGUGCUCUCUUCUUAGGUGGGCACCGAUAUUUGAACGCAACUAGAGCGAGAGGAAUUGUGACAAGGUUGCCAUACGUUGGAUGUGUUAAAAAUAUCUUUAUUAACAAUGACCCAGUUGAGAUUAAUGCAAGUAUGGCAGAAGGGGAUGUUAUCGUGGGCACUUGCCCGACUAAUUAAAAAAUAAAUCGUUUCUUUACCUACGCUUUUGUUUAUUCUAGCAAUUAACAAUUUUUAAGAAAUUAUGUAGCCGAUUACUUUAGCCAAAUAAAUGAUUUCAAUGAAAUUAA